AUGUCACCACCGCAACCAAUCAUGCAGAAACCAAUUGUAUUUGAAAAGAAAUUGUUAGCUUUUCACGAUUUGACUGCCAAUAAAUGUUUCAUCGAUGUUUUGGACGAUACUUUUGAUGAAGGUUUGAAGAGAUGGGCCUCCCAUUCUGGAAAAGUUAGAAAUCCAAAGAAAUUUACUUUUGAAUACCCCCGUGAACCCAUUCAUCCUGAAAUCUUGAGAAAGUUUGGUGGUGAUGUUAUUGCUGAUCAUUGUAAAAAUGUCACCUCCCAUUGGGUAAUCCGAGACGUUCCAGUCGUUGAAAAUAGCCGAAACAAACGAGCAGUAGCCCCUCAAGCAGCUUUCUGUUGUGAACCAUACAAAAGCGGAAGUGCAAUGGCCUAA